AUGAUCAGCAAGAACGCUCUAACAGUCGCCGCUGUUCUUUCUGGUCUGGUAGCCCUUGCGCGUGGUGCCCCACAGCCAUGGCCAGGCUUUCCGAACCCUGGCUAUUUACCAGGUCCUGCAGGAUUCAACAUUAUACCACAGGGAUUCACUUUCAGCGUUGCGAGUGUUGAUUAUCGCGGAUACUACGGUCUUGAUGAUCGAGUGACUGCGUCGCAGACGCUUGAAUACUUCUUCCAGGGCCAGCUUGUCCAGGUUCCUCCACGCAAGGACUUUGUAGGACCUUUGGAUUGGAGAGGCUACACCUACCGCGACACGAUCGACCCCUGGGACCGUGCCCAGUCGCCGUGUGGAGGCGGGAGUGUGCUGCGUGUCCAGAACGACCUGCGAGUUAGCAACGCGAUGAAUCCUGGUGGGAGGGGGUAUGUUGGUACUGAUUCUAUGGGAUGGGAUACUGAAUGA